CUUACAAAAAGCCUCUGGUGGCAUCUCGCCCCAAAGAUUUUGAACACAGAAAUACUGAACACCUUCUUUCUUUGACCCGUGAUGGAUUUGGAAGCAGCCCUGUAGGCCGUCUCACAUUUUUUCUAAUCAAAGUUGCGGCACUAGAGGCCGUAAGAAGGGUAUCCAAGAGUAGAUGUCCAUGUGUAUGGCGAGGUUUACAGGGUCUACAAAUCCUUGUCUAUCCACCAUUUAAAUGGAUUCAGAGAUGGUCACCCUUCAAGGGUUUGGUCAGAAGUAUGCAGGUACUAUCAAGACCAUUAUUAGUCCUUUCCAUUGCAACUGUUUUUACAGACGAAUCACAAUGUAGUGAUGGGACACCAGAGUAUAUUACUGAUCCCCAUGAUUCAGAAGCAUCUGCAGAUCUGUCUUCAGUCCCAGCCAAUUCAAGUAUAGGUCAUAGCGAGAGCGAUCCUGAAGUUUUAGAAUAUGAGAAAUGGUUGACUCAGCUCAAGCAAGAGUUGGAAAUUCAAGGGAUUAGUUUGCCAGAAAGAAUCGAUGACGAUGAGCUCCACAGAUUUUACUCAGCUUGUAAUAAUGACGUUUCAAGCUUCUUUACAGCAAUCAAGAAGACAAUUCAAUGGCGGGGGAGUUACAAAAUUUUGUCAGAAGAAGAGCUAGAGAGUUGGUCAAGUUUGGUGUUCUGGCAUGGGUUUGAUGUGAUGCAAAGACCUUGCCUUAUUGUAAGGCUUGGCCUAGCUUGUAGAUCAUUGGUGUCUCGUGAUAGACCUCAAUUUGCUCAGGCAGUUAGUAUGUUUUGAUUGUUUUCUUUUUCCAAAAAAUACCUUCUUCCUUCUUCUCUUACAUUUGCGAAUUCCUUC